CACAUUGUACGCUUUAACUACGUUUCCUUUAAAACCAUAUGUUAAUAUUUAUAACUAACAUUGUGUAAAGUGACAAUAUGAAGUGGGUAUUGAUUUUUCUGAGAAAAAUGCGGAACAGAGUGUGUAUGUUUGAGGAUGACGGCGCUGAGACCCCGCGGAACCAAACUAACACGACUGACUACAACGUGCUAACAAGUUAGCCGGGAUAGGAGGAGGAGGGCUGUAUAUGGUUUAGGGUUAUAAUUCUGAGUGUUUUUGUAUUUUAUUUUACUUUAGCCAAAAGGUUAAUUUAAUUAUGCCCAGUAAAAAGAAGAAAUACAACGCCAGAUUCCCUCCGGCGAGGAUUAAGAAGAUCAUGCAGACAGAUGAAGAAAUAGGCAAAGUGGCUGCAGCAGUUCCUGUUAUUAUCUCAAGAGCUCUCGAGCUUUUUCUGGAGUCGUUGCUUACAAAGGCCUGUCAGGUCACCCAGUCGAGGAAUGCAAAGACGAUGACGACAUCGCACCUAAAGCAAUGCAUCGAGCUGGAGCAACAGUUUGACUUCUUAAAAGACCUGGUGGCGACAGUCCCGGACAUACAAGGCGAGGGGGAGGAGAACCACACCGAGGCGGGAGGAGAAAAAGUCCCACGCAGGGGUCGAAAGCCAGGAUCUGGUCGAAAGAACGGGGGAGCUGGCUCCAAAGGCAAGGAUAAGAAGUUGUCAGGAACAGAGUCGGAGCAAGAGGAAGACACAGAAGACAGCGAGACAGACGGAGACGAGGAUGACGGCUCUCAGUCAAGCACAAACCAACAGGCGGCAUCCAUGUUCCACAGCUCAAACCCCCCUUCCCAGUCUGUGCACAUGAGCAACAUGGUGUCAGCAGCCAGCCUGCCCCCAGCUCAGGCCCCGGGCACCAUGGCCUUCGCUCCUCAUCCUUCCAUGGUGAGCAUCGCGCCGCCUCCCCCAGCGCCCGCGCCACACAAAGACGAAGACGACGACGACGAAGACUAUGACUCUUAGCUGCCCCGACAUCCUCUCUUUAUUUCUCAAACACACACACAUACAUACAAACACAAUCACACACACAUGAAUCUUUCAGCAUUAUUUUCAGAUUCUUAAGUUGCCCCUUUGGUGGCUGCUCCACCAGUGAAGAGAAAGACUCUUCAUCACAGCCCGUUGAUAGAAAAGCUGUAAGAGAUAAAACUUGUUGUAAAUUAGGUGUUUUAAUUUUUUUAAACAGCUUUUAUUUUAAUGUAGAGAUGGGGGAUGUUUUUUAGCAAGGUCUUUGUUGUUUUAUUAUUUUUUUUCGUGACUUGUAAAGAUGGCGUGCUAUGAGCCUCAGCAGGCAGGAUAGGUGUGGUUUCACCUCACAGCUUUUGGUUAGGUUUUUUUUUUAUUUGUUUUGGAGAUAUUCUAAAAACAAACAUAGUUCCUCCAACCUUCAGCUUGGCUGGAUAGAUCCAACAAGUGGUAGUUAAACCUUAUUCCAGCCCAGACUAAGAUUGUUGACUAGUUGAGAUGAGUUCAGGGCAGCAGUUUAUAGGGGAUUUUUGUGGAAAGCGGUAGAACGUGUUGAAAGGAAAAGUCACCACUGAAGUGUUAGGUCUCCAUGUCAUCCUUCAGUCGAUUGAUGCUGCAGUUAAGAUGUUAGUUGCAUCUUUUUAAUCGGUCCUGAUAUCAGUCGUCAAAGACAGCAGGUGGUAUUUAUUUAUUUGUUUGUUUUUUUUUGACCAUGUGUUUGCAACCCGUGGUUUGUUUUCGUUUGUUUCAAAUUUAACCGCUACUUUUAAUUCAGGUUUUUAUCAAGGAAACUGUAAAGCUCCACAACCGCAGCCCUGAUGUCAGCCACAUCAGCAGGUUGAUGAUGCACAUUUUAGUUUUGAUUUUGAUGCUGCCACUUGUUAGCUUAUAUAUUUCACACGACCAUAAAUUUCGCCCGAUUUGCCUGUUCAUACAGUUUCUUUUGGUCCAUGUUUUUGUUUUUAAAGUUUGUUUUCUUUGUCCUCUCUCUUUUUGAUUCCUGGCCACACCCUCAUUCGUUGCUCCUUUCUUUAACAUUUGUUUUCUUUUCAGAUUCUUUUUAAAUGAACGCAGAGACGGGACUCCCAUUUCCGUACCGAGCUUGUUAUGAAAUGGUUGCAAACAGUUUACCCUGUAUUGUAAACUUUUAAUGUUCUUUUUAUUUUGUAUGGGUGAAAUAAAGUUCACUUUCAAUUAAAAAAGA